GCCCUUCUCCCGGGCCGGGCUCGGGAGCGUGGCGGAGCAUGGCCAUGGCUUUCCCCGCCGUGGGGCCGCGCCCUUUCCCGCUGCUGCUGGACGCCGAGCCGCCGCGCUACCUGCCGGAGCCCGAGCCGGAGCCGGAGCCGCUGCCUCGGCGCCGCCGCCCCCCGGGUCCCCCGCGGCCCCCGCGGCCCCCGCGGCCCGGGCUGCAACCGCGUCUGCGCCGGCGGCCCGGAGCCCCGCGGCCCCGCGACGUGCGGAGCAUCUUCCAGCAGCCGCGGGACCCGCGCGUCCCGGCCGAGCGCGGCGCCGGACACCGCUUCGGGGAGCUGCCGCCGCCCGGCCCCGCCGCCCCAGCCUGGUGCGACCUGUGCGGACGGGAGGUGCGGCAGCGGGCGCGGCGCUGCGCCAACUGCCAUUACACUUGCCACCAGGAAUGCCAAGAGCUGAUCCAGCUGGACUGCAGUCAGCGGGACGGACCAGCCCGGAUCAGGCCUCCCCCAGGAAGCACCCUCACUCUCCCAUCCGGCUCCCACCAGAAUGUCUGCAAACCUCUGGAGGAGGAGGAAGAGGAGGAGGUGAAGCCCCGGGCCCCCACGCUGCAGGAGAUCAAGCAGAAGAUCGACAGCUACAAUGCCAAGGAGAAGAACUGCCUGGGCAUGAAGCUGGGCGACGACGGCACCUACACCGGCUUCAUCAAAGUGCACCUGAAGCUGCGGCGGCCCGUGACGGUGCCCGCCGGCGUCCGGCCCCAGUCCGUGUACGACGCCCUCAAGGAGGUCAAUCCGGCGGACAUCACGGACAAGCGGACUUCUUUCUAUCUUCCCCUGGACGCCAUCAAGCAGCUGCACAUCAGCAGCACCACCACGGUCAGUGAGGUCAUCCAGGGCCUGCUCAAGAAGUUCAUGGUGGUGGACAAUCCCCAGAAAUUCGCCCUCUUCAAGCAGAUACGCAAGGACGGGCAAGUGCUCUUCCAGAAACUCUCCAUCGCAGACUGCCCCCUCUACCUCCGCCUGUUGGCCGGCCCGGACACGGACGUCCUCAGUUUCGUGCUGAAGGAGAAUGAAACCGGGGAAGUGGAGUGGGACGCCUUCUCUAUCCCGGAGCUGCAGAAUUUCCUCAUCAUCCUGGACAAAGAGGAGAACGAGAAGAUCCAGCAAGUGCACAAGAAGUACAGCAAGUUUAGGCAGAAACUGCAAAAGUCCCUGAAAGACGCCCAAGGCCAACCGGGGUAGUUUCCCCCAACUUUGCCCCUCGUCGGUCCCAAGGAGGAUGGAUGGAUGGAUGGGAUUAUUUCACGACGACACUUUCUCAGGACUCCCCCUGGCUGGGCACGUCCCCGAUCCCACACCCAGUUGCUCCAGAAGUGGCACACCCCUGCCAAAGGACUAGCCUUUCCUGUUGGAUUUUAUUUUCUACAUCCCUCCCUGGCUGGGAACUCUGCUCCAGGGACACUGCCAGUCUAUUAAGAAAGAAAAGUCUCCUUCUCUCUCCCAGCCCGUGGACUCUUCCCAAGCCAAAUACAGCUGCUGCUGCUGCUGCUCCCCUCCGGAGCGCCCAGCCGAGGAGGCGGCCCCUCCCAGCAAACCAUGACAGAGGAAAGACCGAAAACAACAAAAAAAUGUUAAGGCACGAGCGCUCUCCCCCGGCCUUUCACGCUGACUCGGUUUCCCUUGACCCAGGCCCUCACCCCCCUCCUCCCACAGACGGCUUUAUUUAUUUUAUGGGUGGCGUGGGCUGCAUCUGGUGAGGACCGCCCGCUUCUCCCGAAGUGGGUAAAACCGAGUCACGAGGUCCGGGAGAUCGGGGGGCGGGGUGGAGGCGGUCGAUCCUCCUCUAUACACCAAAUGGACCAUCCCUCUGGCACAGAGCCUCCGCCCAGAGCAGCUGGGCUGUGACCUCAAGGACUUAGGCCUAGGCAGGCCGGAAUUUCAGGCUUCCAGGUGAGAAGGGAGCCCGUUGGGUCAGGCGCAGGAUGGUGCGUGAGCGGUCGUGCGUUUGUGGGUGCACCCGGUUGGUGUCGAUGCAUUAGGGUUUGCUUUUGAGAAAUAUUACUGCAAUCUGCCUUUGUUCUGCUGCCUUCUCCCAAGGACCCCAGCCCAUCCCCGCCCUUCUUUUCUCCUCGGAGGGAGGAAAAUGGGGGUGGUCGGAUAAACCCAGCCUCCCCGUCCCAGCCCGUCCAUCCUCCAUCCCGGAGUCGUCCGGGGCUUGGGGGUGGGGAGGUCAGUCCCCUCCCACGCUGAUCCCCGUUCUCCCUUGGGCCUCUGCUCCGUCCCAGGCCCAAAGGGCGACUCCGCGAAACUCCGCACUUUCCCGACCAACCCGCUGCCUCCUUUCCAGACCCCUGACUGGGCGCAUCCUGUCCCCGGUGUGACCUGAGGCUGGAAGGCCACAAGCAUCUCUUGACUCUCCCCACCCGCCAAGUCCUCUCCCUCUCCUUUGACCUCAGUGCCUUUUUUAAUGUCAAAGUGAGGACAGGAUAGAAAGGCUCCAGGGUGGGCCUCCCCUCUGCUGCUGUCCCCACGAGAAGGGUGACAGGUACCCGGGCCAAGCGGAGUGCGGGAAAGGGGACGAGGACACGAAGCUUACGUUCCCCCGCAGUGGCCCGGGGAGAACACGGUGGUCGGUGGGGAUGGAGGGCAAAAGCGGCCGCCAACUUGGGGGCUCGCUCUCCCCCUCUUGGGUGAACCACCAGGAUGGCGGCAAUGGGUCCAAAGUACAUGGGGAAAAGAGGAGUGACUUUUUUCCCCCCUGCUGUCCCUGCUGGAAGGGGAAGCUGGUACCUAAUGCUCUGCCUUCGGGGAGCAGCAGCCCCCACUGCCUCCACUCCGGCCCCGGAGAGGACGGUGACCUCUCGCUACAAGCUGUAAAGAUUAAAGCCGCAAAAGCUGCAUGCUCGAUAGUUUUUUUUAAAAAAACUCCAUCUCGCAACUUCCCUCCGGUGUAAGUUUUCAAAUGGAAAAGUCCUUUUCUCCUGCUUCUCCACCCCCCCGCCCCCCGUCGCAAGCCCAGCAUGUCUUUAAACAAGGCACACGGCCAUAGCUGGCUUACCGUGAAUGCUGCUGAAAACCUCCCUUUGCUGGGAUGGCUAUUUUUUUUAAAAGAGAAAAACAAAAACCGUUAAAUAUAUAGAGAGAGCGAGAGAGAGGGGGAUGGGGGCAUUUAUACUUAAAAAAAAAAAAUAAUAAACUAUUGAAAAGUUCAGAUCCUAACUGAAGCCCAGCUUGACACUGGUCUUGAGCUGAGCUGAGGUCUCAGUCUCUCCCAAGGUUGUAGGGUCAGUAUCCUUUCCCUCCACAAGCUGGGUGUGACUGCCGGCGACGUUGCUAGGGUUGUGUUGCUCGACGAGCGAGCGUGUUGCGUGGAUUACUUUUUAUUUUAAUGUCAGUUUGUCUUGUAAAAACAAAAGCGAAUAAAUAAACGCUUUCUCGGCCAAACACGCCCUCCGAAA